AUGUCGUCGGAGAUCGAGGUCGUCGAAGAGGUCGACCAAUCAUCCCAAUCGCAGAAUCACCAAUCCAACGACGUGGUGGUCGACGAGGAAAGUCUUCGGAACGAUGUCUACACGGCCGCCGCCUAUGGAGAUUUGGAAAAGCUUCAGAGGUUGGUUGAGUCCGAGGGUUGCUCCGUCUCCGAGCCCGAUGGAUUGGGCUACUAUGCGCUACAGUGGGCCGCGCUUAAUAAUCGGACGGCCGCUGCUCAGUAUAUCAUUGAGCAUGGUGGAGAUAUAAAUGCUGCAGAUCAUACCGGGCAGACUGCAUUGCAUUGGAGUGCAGUUCGAGGUGCAAUCCAAGUUGCCGAGCUUCUACUUCAAGAGGGUGCACGGGUUAAUGCGGCUGAUAUUUAUGGCUAUCAGACUACACAUGUUGCAGCCCAAUAUGGUCAAACAGCUUUCCUGUAUCACAUAGUUUCAAAAUGGAACGCUGAUCCUGAUGCUCCUGAUAAUGAUGGAAGAAGUCCUUUACACUGGGCUGCUUACAAGGGUUUUGCUGAUUGUAUACGUCUACUUUUGUUUUUGGAUGCAUACAGAGGACGCCAGGAUAAAGAAGGUUGCACUCCACUUCAUUGGGCUGCUAUUAGGGGUAAUUUGGAGGCAUGCACUGUGUUAGUACAGGCUGGAAAAAGGGAAGACCUGAUUGUUACUGAUAAUACUGGCCUUACGCCUGCGCAGCUUGCUUCUGAUAAGAAUCACAGACAAGUUGCUUUUUUCCUUGGGAAUGCUAGAAAGUUGCUUGAUAAGCGAUUUGAUGGGAACAGUACCCUUGGGAAGCUUUCAAAACUAGGACUUGCACCUGUACUUUGGUGUUUGAUUUUGCUGCUACUUGUGACUUACAUGCAUUCUGUCAUCAUGGCAUCAGAUUUGCCGAAGUUAACUGCUGGCUUUGGCCUUCUUGCAUGGUUGGGUGUUUUCCUAGCAAGUGGCGGAUUAGUUUUGUUCUAUAGGUGUAGUAGAAAGGAUCCAGGUUACAUCAGGAUUAAUGUGCAUGAUCCACAAAUGAAAGAUGAUGAACCUUUGUUGAAGAUUGAGAUAAAUAAUCCUGCUUUGCUGGCUGGAAAUUGGUCUCAGCUCUGUGCCACAUGCAAGAUUGUAAGACCUCUUCGUGCAAAGCACUGUUCCACUUGUGAUCGCUGUGUUGAACAAUUUGACCACCAUUGUCCUUGGGUAUCCAAUUGCAUUGGCAAGAAAAACAAGUGGGAUUUCUUUCUUUUUCUUGUUUUAGAAGUUUCAGCAAUGUUGGUAACUGGUGCAGUUACCGUCACAAGAAUUUUGACUGAUCCAGUGGCUCCCUCAUCAUUUGGAGCGUGGAUAAACCAUGCUAGUACUCAUCAUGUUGGAGCUAUAUCAUUUCUGGUUAUGGAUUUUUUCCUCUUCUUUGGUGUGGCUGUUUUAACAGUUGUACAAGCUUCUCAGAUAUCCCGCAAUAUAACAACAAAUGAAAUGGCAAAUGCAUUGCGCUACAGCUACCUUAGAGGUCCUGGUGGUAGGUUUAGAAACCCAUAUGAUCAUGGGUGUAGAAAGAACUGUUCAGAUUUCGUAAUCAAUGGAUACAACGAAGAUGUGGAGGUGAUAGAAGAUAUUGGUGAUUCUGAAGGGAUUGGAAUGAUGCAGAUGUCAAGAAAUUCAAACUUGCAAAAUGGGGAUGGCCAUAUGCAUCAUGCAAAUGGCAAUGGCCAUGUUGCUGUUAACGUGAAUUCUAAGAAUGCCAACACACAUCAUGGGCAUGGACAUGGUCACGGACAUGGACAUGGACAUGGACAUGUCCAUUCCUCUCAUUGCAGCCAUGGUAACCAUAGUAAAUCAAAAUCCGAUAGCAUCCCAGUUGGCCUGGGACUUGGUCUCGGACGCAAUUCUGCACGUUCUGUUGUAUCUUCAUGAUGUAAUGUAGGCAUGGAUUGAAAGCUGAGAUUCAUGUGCAUUGUAUCAUAUAAUCAAUCAUACAUCAGCUUUAGCAUCACCAAUUUUAAAUGAUUGUUGCUCUUUUUUGGUACCAAAGGGUGUUCAAUUCUUGUACACUUGGUUUUUGGUGAAUUAAUUUAGUUGCUCUGCAACACCCAUCUAUCCCUUUGGAUGUUUUUCCAUUGCACAAUGUAAAUAUUGAUGAUGGUGGAUUGCCCCAUAUUUAACUAGUAAAUUUUUUUAACACUU